AUGCUGUUCGAAGAAAUAGGAUCCGAAUAUGAAUAUAAUUCACCAGAAACAACAUCACCUCCUAUUUUACAUCCAUCGUUUUCAAUCCCUCUUAUUGAUACACAUCGUCGAUCAUGGUCACCUACUAGUUUACGUUCAGUAGGGAAUCAAUCUUAUCAAUCAUCAACUGAAGAUUUAAGUGUACUUAAUAAAUUUGCCAUAAAUGUUCGAGCAUCAUAUCGCGGAAAAAACAUAUUUAGACAAUUGAUACAACGAUACUGUUUUGAUAAUAACAAUCGUGAGAAUAUUGAACAACCGCAAUUCAUCUGUGAAGAACGACAAGAAAAUGCUAUAUUUAAAAUCUAUUUAAAACGUCUACCACAAAAACCAUCAACAUCUAGUGGAUCAUCUUCUAGUUUUCGUACACUAGUUGAUGAUCAAAAUGAACAGAAUGAAUCAAUCAAUAAUGAACAUUCUGCACUUCUUUAUUCAACAAUUAAAAUUUAUCAAUUAAAAGCUGGCACAAUUGAAAAAAUUGUAGAAUGUCUAACAAAUAAAAAUGGUGAUUUGGACACAACACACAUGCAUAUUUUAUUUUCAACUUAUCGAAUUUAUGUCAAUACUAGAAUAUUAGUUGAUACAAUAUUAUCACGUUAUCAAGCAGUUAUUCCCGCUUCAUUGGAUAUGACUGAAGAUGUUCGACAAAAAACUCUUAAAAGUCUUUCAACAGCAUUAAUUUGUUUAUUAACAGCUUAUAAAGAAGAUUUUUAUGAGCCACCAUAUUAUACAACAUUAAAUCAUCUUCUUAAACAAACAAUUGAUAUAGAUGUACAAAAUCAAUGUCUAAGUUUAUUAGAUCGUUUUUUAAAUGAAGAAAAUAUUUCUCAAUUAGAUUCAAAUAUUUUUACAUUAACACAAGAUAUUAAUAACAAUAAUAAUAAUAAUAAUAAUAAUAAUAAUUAUUUAAAACAUCUUCAUGGUGAUGAUUUGUAUAAUCAAAAAGGGUUUGAUUGUAAUACACCAAGGAAUUUUCUUGAAAUGUCAAAUGUCGUUGUUGCCGAACAAUUAACAAUUUUUGAUGCGGAGUUGUUAAAAUGUGUUUUACCACAUGAAUGUUUAACUAAACGAGGAAAUAGUAAUAAACGACGAGGAUUAAAUUCCAAUCAAAUGUUAUCAACAGUUGAUAAAACAAUUGAACAAUUCAAUGCUGUUGUUAAUCGAGUUAUAGCAACUAUAUUAAAAGAACAAAAUGAACAAACACGUGCUCGUAUUAUUGAAAAAUGGAUUGAUAUUGCAUAUGAAUGUCGAAAAUUAAAAAAUUUUUCAUCAUUAACAGCUAUUUUAAAUGGUCUUCUAUCUGGAUGUGUAUAUCGUUUAAAUAAAACUUGGUCGCAUGUUAAUUUAAAUUAUCGUUCAAUAUUAACUGAAUUAAAAAAUAUUUUUGGUAGUUGUGCAGAUCGAAAACAAGCACGAGCUAUUCUUGAUAAGCAAUUAGAUGAAAUUCGUCUGACCUUACCAGAAAACACUGAAGGAACAGCGAAAUAUGUUGAUGUAUCAAUAGCAAUGAACGGAACACUUGAUAAAAAACUUCGAUCGAAAAAAACACGAAACCAAAAAAAAACAAUGAUUGGUACGGUGCCAUAUCUUGGUUUAUAUCUUAGUGACUUAACUUACAUUGAUUCUGCGUAUGAUAAUUAUAUAAACAUUAAUGAAAACGAUAAAUCAUCACAAAAAUUAAUAAAUUUUGAAAAACAUCGUAAGCAAUUCGAAAUAUUAGCUCAAAUAAAAUUAUUUCAAUCAGCUGCUAAUGCUUAUACAACACUUCGAUCAUUACUAUAUUUUAAACAUUGGUUUGAUAAUGUUCAAACAUAUAUUGAUGCUGAAAGUUGGGAACUUUCUUAUCAAAUUGAACCGAAAACAAUAGAUAACAUUGAUAAACAACAAAAAUUCCUAGAUGAUCCGUCACCUACCAAUCGUUUAAGACCACUUAAAGCGUUUCCCUCUGAAGUGUCACUUGAAUCACUUAUGACACCUAAUAAUCAAACUAGAGUAAUAACAUCACAAUUAGGUGGUUCAUUACGUUCAUCACCAUCUUUCAAUUCAUUUGAUAAAAUUAGUUUAACAUCAAAUAAUUCUUUUCCACAACGUCAACAGUCAAUAAAUGAUCUGAAUAAUAAAAAAACACAUUCAAAUCAUGCACGUUCAUCAUCAGCAUCAAGUUUUCUUACAAAAGAUAGUUCAAGCCAAGGUUAUAUGUCUGCGCAAGCUUCACCUGCCAAUAGUCUUGCUAAUUGUACUUUGAAUAAUGUAGAAAAUGAUACACUUAUUGCUAAAGUACGACUAGUUGGUAGAGAUGAUCUAUUAUAUAAAAAAAUUCGAGUAAGUAAAAAUUGA